AUGGCCGAGGGUGCCGGGCGCUCCAAGACCCCAGGCCCCAUGGCGCAGAAGCCCAUGAGCAGGGCCGAGGCCGAGCGCAUGAACCUCGUGGCCCAGGACGAGAUCUGGACGUACCGCCUGAAGGCUGAAAACGAGGCACGGCAAAACUGGGCAACGAACUGGGGAUUUUUAACGACCCCCCUCGAGGAGCUGAUCGAGCGUGAAGAAGAGCCUGCCACCCCAAAGCCCAAAAUCGAGCUUCCCGAGCGCUUCCGCAUCCGGCCAGUGACCCCAGUGGAGAAAUACAUCAAGGUGCUCCCAUCCCCCCCAGUCCCAAAGACGACCCAGGGCUUCAUCGGCUGGAGAUCUGGGGUGCCGGGCCUGAACAAGUGUCUGGAGCACGAUCAUGAGAUCAGAAGCUGCAAAGGGGCGUAUGCCAAGGAGCUAAACUGGCCGAAGCAAGGUGUCCACUGA